AAAGGGCGGAGGCGGGGGGCCGCCACACACGCGCCAUGGCGGAGGAGCUGAGCGUGUCGCUGUUGGUGCGCAGCCCCGCGCGGCGACACCCCGACAUGCGGCUCCGCGCAGCGCCCGCGUGGACUGUGAGGCGCCUGAAGGCCGAGCUGCGCCGCAGGGCACCCGGGGAGCCCGCUGAGGACGAGCAGAAGUUGAUCUACUGCGGGAAGCUGCUGCUGGACCAUCAGCUCCUGCAGGAGUUCCUGCCCGGGCAGGAGGAGCUGCACGCUCUGCACCUGGUCUACAACGUGAGGGCGCCUGUAGAUGUACCGGAGAGCAGCACGGAGGUUAAAGCUGCUCAGCCAAAGCUGACGACAGAAGCUAAUCAAGAACCAGCUGCUGCUGCUUCAGAUGGUGGACGGCUGGGAUGCUCUCCUGGUGGUCAGGCAGCAGCAGCAGAAGCUGGUGCCAGGCCUGAAACACCUCGGCAUGGUUUCCAAGCGGUGCCUCCUGGGUUUUCUCUGUACACAACCUACAGCCUGCUUCAGAUGUCCUGGCUUCAACACAUCUAUGCAAGGCAAUACUACAUGCAAUACUUGGCUUCUACUGCUGCAUCUACUGACCCGACCUCCACACGGCGUUCUCAGGAGAUCCCAGUGACACCCCCAGCUCCUGUCCCAGACCCAUUUCCUGCACAAAACCAACCUGGGGACCAGAAUGCUGCUCCUCAAGCCAACGUGGUGGCCAACCAGAACUUAAGGAUGAACGCCCAGGGGGGUCCUCUCAUGGGGGAAGAGGAGGAAGGUGGCAAUCGAGACUGGCUGGACUGGCUCUACUCUGCAACGCUGUUCUAUGUUUUUGUCAACAUCGUUUAUUUCUACUCCAGUGUCAGCAGAUUCCUCCUGGUUAUGGGUGGCACUGUUCUGAUGUAUCUGCACCAUGUUGGAUGGUUCCCCUUUAGACAACGACGAGCACAGCCUUUCCCAGAUAACGUCCCUCCUCAGGCUGCUGUAAACCAGGACCAGAACAAUAACUUGCAGCAGGGAGGGAAUGCAGGCGGAGCAGAGGAACCUGAGGCCCUUCCUGAUGCUGGACAAGUUCUGCCAGAGCUGCCACAGGCCAACCCGUCCCUUAUGAGCACAGCGUGGCUGUUCUUCAAGACCUUCUUUGCAUCCCUUCUUCCAGAAGGGCCCAGACUGACUCGCAACUGAAGUGGCACCAUUUCCUUCACUGGAAUGUCAGUGAGCUCCAGUCCUGAGCAAAUCAGAUGCCAACCCCAAAGCAGGAGUGAAAACGUGUGGCAUUUCUCUGGCCUUCACUGAUGAAACUGCAAGAGGCCUUAAGUUGUUGCAAUACAGACACAAGAUGAUUGCCCUCAUUCCAAAGAACUUUCUUCCGUAGCAUUUAUUGGGUACCUUUGUAGAGGCUUGGCAUUGUAAUCUUGUGCACUAAAUGCACAGGCUCUGAGCAGGUGUGCAGAGAUGUUAGAGAAGCAAAUUGCUUCUUCCGUGCAAUGUGAUUCCUGUUGGAAUGUUUCAAAUGCUAUUUAAAUUACACUGAGUGUAGUACCUUCAAUUGCUAGAUGAGCAUUAGCAGGUUUUUAGGAAAGAUCUACUGUUCAAUUGCUUCAAUGGUGUUUUAAAUUCCGCUUUGUAAAUAUUUUCCUAUGAGAGAUGCAUUGUGCCAUUUCCUUGGCUGAAGGGGCAGCUGUGGGGCACAGUGACCUCAGUGGAGCUGCAGGUUUCCAACUGCCCAACACGUCCUUCAUACUCAAGGCUGAUUUCUUUUUCUCUGCUCUCAAAUCAUGGGAGAGGAGUUAAGUGCAUUCAACUUCAAUCAAGAGUUUAUGCAAGACUUGAUUUGACUGCUUUAGAUAUGAAAUCAAAGCAGUCUGAGACCUGUAUUUAAUGUAGAGGCGUUUUCACUCGACAGCAACUCUGUUGUGUUUGUUUCCUUCGAUGUGGCUGAGGGCUUUGAUUCAAUAAAAUCUGCGGUCGCUUAUCUGUA